GAAGUGCACUCACGCUGCCUAGGAGACGAGACGCGAGGCCGGCAGCGCUCACCGGGUCGCCAUGGAGCUUCCCUUAGGACCGUGCGACGAUUCCCGUGGCUGGGACGAUGACUCGGAUCCCGAGUCAGAGACAGACCCCGACGCGCAGGCCGAGGCCUACGUGGCCCGCGUACUCAGUCCGCCAAAAUCUGAGCUGGCGACCCCGCGCGCCUCGCAGCUGUCCACGCCCGCCUCUUCUCCGAGCGCCUCGGAGCAUCGGGCCGCGUCCAAGGUUUCGGCCGUAAGUGAGCCGGGCCUUCUGAGCCUUCCCCCAGAGCUGCUGCUUGAAAUCUGCUCCUACCUGGACGCCCGUCUCGUGCUCCACGUCCUGUCACGCGUGUGCCGCGCGCUGCGCAACCUCGUGCGUGACCAUGUCACCUGGAGGCUACGCGCGCAACGCCGUGUACGCGCGCCCUACCCAGUGGUGGAAGAGAAGAACUUUGACUGGCCGGCAGCCUGCAUUGAGCUGGAGCAGCACCUGUCCCGCUGGGCAGAGGAUGGGCGCUGGGCUGAGUACUUCUGCCUGGCCAACGGGCACAUUUCUUCCAUUGACUCAGUGCUGCUGCUCCAGGGUGGAGCACUCUGUCUGUCGGGCUCCCGAGAUCGCAACGUCAACUUGUGGGACCUGCGGCAGCUGGGGAUGGAGCCCAGCCAGGUUCUGGUCAAGACCUUGGGCACCGAUCGAUUUAGUACCCACAAGGGCUGGGUGUGGUCGCUGGCGGCACAGGACCACUGUGUGUGCUCCGGCUCCUGGGACAGCACAGUGAAGCUCUGGGACAUGGCAGCAGAUGGGCAGCAGUUUGGCGAGAUAAAGGCUAACUCAGCCGUGCUGUGCCUCUCCUACCUGCCUGACAUCUUGGUGACCGGCACCUAUGACAAGAAGGUGACCAUCUACGACCCCAGAGCCGGCCCAGCCCUGUUGAAGAGCCAGCGACUACACUCUAGCCCUGUGCUGGCCCUGCUGGCAGAUGACCAGCACAUCAUCUCAGGCAGCGAGGACCGCACCCUGGUGGUGGUUGACCGCCGAGCCAACAGAGUCCUGCAGCGGCUACAGCUGGACUCCUACCUGCUCUGCAUGUCCCACCAGGACAUGCAGCUCUGGACUGGUGACAACGAGGGCCUGCUGCACGUCUUCGCCAACCACAAUGGCUGCUUCCAGCACGUCCGGUCCUUCAACGUGGGCCACAGGUCUCACAUCACUGGGAUCCAGUACUCACUGGGAGCCUUGUACACUACAUCCACUGACAAGACCCUCCGGGUGCACGUGCCCACAGACCCGCCAAGGACCAUCUGCACCCGAAGGCACGACAGUGGGUUCACCGGGGUAAGGUCUGUGCUGAGGGCAACCUGGUGGUGGCUGCCUCUGGGGGCCUGUCGCUAGAGGUCUGGAGGCUGCAGGCCUGAGCAGGUGGACGUGGAUGUGGAUACUGCUGGCUGGGGUCUGGGCCUCGGCCUCUGUUCUUGGGGGACCAUCCCCAACAUUGGUGCUGCCUCUCUCCCCCACAGGGCCUAGGGCACAAGGAGUCCUGGCCACAUUCGGGUGAAGGUCCUGGCCUGGGCCCUAUGCAUACGGGGUUGAAGUUGAGAUUUAGGCCCACCCAGGGGGCUGCUCCCCACCCCAGGGCCCUGUUUUUUUUUUUGUUGUUGGGGGGGGGCCUGGUUUUGUUAUGAUUUCGAUGUGCCGCUCUUAGGUGAGAGUGAAGGAGAAAUAAACCUGACGUGUUGGUGCUUGG